UUGUAGGUCAUGCAGGUGCAGGGAAAUCCACGCUUGUUGAGACUAUCAAAAAAGAAGGAUUUUUCAACCUUUUCAGCACAUCAACUGUAGCACCUCACACUGCAGGCAUUAUUCCAAGUACUUAUGACAGUAGUGCUUAUGGAAGAAUGAUACUCUAUGAUUUUGCAGGUGAUUCUGAGUACUACUCCUCACAUGCUGCAAUUAUGGAGUCAAUCAACGCAUCGAAAGGAAGUAAUAUUUAUUUGAUACUUUGUGACUUGAGUAAAGGCGAAGAAGCUGCUGUCACUAAAUACAGCUACUGGCUUUCAUUUCUAUCAUACAAUAUUACGCAAUUCUCAAACACAAUUAUCUUACCAGUGGGAAGCCAUGCUGAUGUAAUUAACAAAGUGUUAAUUAAACAAACUUUAUGUGUGCUUGACAGCGUAUCCCAAACUUUCUGUAGCAGCUCCAACAUUGAUGAUUUACACAUAGAACAAAGUGUUGCUCUUGAUUGUCGUAAACGAGGGACUGUAGUGAAUGACAUAAAGGAACUCGCAAAUAAAUUAUCCAAAUUAGUAUCCCCUAUCGGACUUUCCCCGGAGACAAGCACUCUCUUGGGAUUGUUGAAAAAAGACUUUGAACAUGUUCCAGCUUGCAAAGUAAGCCUCCUUAUCUCUCACAUUGAAGAGACUGGACUUCCACUGCCACUAACUUCUUCAUCACUCUACAAUCUCAUAAGAGAGUUACUUGAUUUGGGUCUGCUAAUGGUGAUAGAGAGAGAAGGGGAUUCCAUUGAGAACCACAUAAUCAUUCUCAAGAUAUCAACCUUCACAUCAGAUGUACACAAUAAACUGUUUUCAAAGUCUGCUAAAGCGGACCUCACCAAGCCCAUCGAUCAACUCAAGCUCAGCGUAGGCAUUAUUCCAGAAUUAUUACUGGAGAGAGUGCUACCAGAUUACAUCACAAAAGAAAGUCUACUUAAACUGCAGUACUGUCAUGAAAUCGAGAAUUUGAACGUGGAAGAGGACUACACUCUUUCUCAAAUCACUUCUGAGACACUACCAACAGAAAGUGCCGCUAAACAGAAAUCUCAUCUAUUUUUCCCUGCUCUAUGUGAUCUCAAGCUUGAGGAAAUUCAAUGGCCAAAAUCAGAAGGUGAUAAGAUUACUUUGGGAUGGUGUGCUAAAUGUGAUUGUGACAGAUUUGGGAAGAGAUUUGACUUCUUCCCAACACGAUUUCUACAUGUGCUUAUCGUUCACCUCUCUCACAACUUUGCAUUAAAGCAAGACCUACCAAGAAGCCACAUACUCUCAACUACAACUUCGAAUUCUUUGAUCGCAGAGGUAUAUGCUGCUAAUCCUCGCUGUCGUGUCUGGUCAACUGGUCUGCAUUGGCUUAUGAAGAAUGGAGUGGAGGUUUUUGUCGAUAUGCCUAAAGAUGCAGAUAGUAAAGAGUUGAUUGUACUAACAAGGAGUGACGUCCAAAAUCAAGUCAAAUGUUCCAAAACUCUGCAACUAGUUAUUCAAAAGGUCGUUGAAGCAAAAAUAGAGUUCUGUGCUGGUAUAGUGCCAACUGUUUACCUUCUUGAUCCAGGCAACCUCAAGGAUGAGCCUUUUACAAAUGCUAGAAGUGCACCUAAAUAUGCUCUUAGAGAUAUCGAAGAAGCAUUAGCAGAAGGCACUGAGCGAGUCAUGGAUAAAGAAGGACAAUGCUUCUCCUCUCCGAUCAAAGAUUGGAUCUGCCCAACAAGUUGGGCCAUAUCUUACUUGAAAUUGUUGUUUCCGAUGGAUACCUUCUUGGUUCGCUCUGCUUUGAAAGGAGUAUUAGGUGCUCAAUGGAAACUGCUAGGACUAAAUCUUUUAAUCCCUUGGAUCGAACUAGAUGACAUCGACAAUGAAGCAACCUUUCCUGGUGGCAUUGCUAAGAAAGAAGAAGUACUUCGACUGUGGUUGUCUCAGGAACCAACCUGGAAAAUUUUGGCAGAGGCUCUCAGUCAACCUUCAAUUGGAUUGUCCCAGAAAGCAAAUCAAAUCUCACAAGAACACAAUGUGCCUCUACAAGAGAAAAUUCUCGAAAGCAAUUCAUCCGCCCGUCCUGACGAGGACUUUCUUCAAUCUUUUGCUGCCACCAUUGGCUCUCGUUGGCAGUGUCUUGCUUCUCCCCUCUCCCUCACUUCUAAAGACAUUGUGAGCAUCAAGAGAGAGACAAGAGGAGCAGAGCCGACCAGACAAGCACUCGUCAUGUUACAGAAGUGGGCAGCCAGGGAGACGGCAACUUAUGGUCAGUUGAGAGAGAGACUCCAUACACUCUCAGUGUUUCAUAUCUGAUAACUUUAGUAUUAUGCAUCACAAUGAACACGUAAAUUUGUAGUUACGUUCGAUUGCACCUGUAUUACUAUAUAUACGUCACCGUGUUUGU